GCAUCAUGAUGUGUCCAUAUAUGAAGACUGAAGAUGGGUUUGAAAUGCAGAUGGGCACCAACCACCUGGGCCACUUUCUACUGACCUCCCUUUUGCUGCCUUUACUGACGCACAGUGAACCUGCUCGCAUCAUUACUGUCAGCUCUCUGGGACAUUCAAGAGGUUGUAUUCCAUUUGAUGACAUGAACUAUGAAAAAGGAUAUGACAGAGUUCAUGCAUAUGAAAACAGCAAGCUAGCAAAUGUUCUUUUCACCCGACAACUUGCAAAGAUAUUGAAAGGGACAAACAUUCAAGUCUUUGCUGUUCACCCAGGAGCUGUACAGUCUAAUUUAGGUCGUCACAUAAUGGGGACCUGGUCAGCUAGUAAUUUGAGUACCAUCUUUUUUAAAAGCACAAUUGAAGGUAUUCAGACCACUCUUCACUGUGCAUUAGAAGCUACUCAAAAGGAGCCUUACUAUUACAGUGACUGUGGUCUUGGCUGUGCUAGUGCUGCAGCACGAGAUGAUGCAGCAGCAGAAAAGUUGUGGCAGAUAUCUGAGAAAAUGGUUGGCCUUGCCAAAGAAGACUAAAAGUGGUGGUACUCACUAACUUUUUAGUAAUUUUUUACGGUAUAGUACAGCAUUAUAAAAACCAAUCCUUCCCUGAAAAAAAAAAAUUUGUUAGUUAAAAUUUGAUGGCUUGGAAAUGUAUGUGAAUUUCAUUGUUAUAUUUUUGACUUAUAAUGAAUGUUUUUUUUUUUUUUUUUUUUAACGCCAGCCGUCUCCCACCGAGGCAGGUGACCCAAAAAAGAAAGAAACACUUUCACCAUCAUUCACACAUAAUCAUUGUAUUUUUAAUUAAAUAAAUUUGGAAGAUGUGCAGCAAAUAA